CCGUGUAUUACCUGGCGCUGUGUUAAACCCAGGUGUACGCGACGCCAGCAUACCGCACAGCCCGGUCCUACCUGACGCAACCCUGUACCUGCUGCUGCCGAGACAGGCUUAACGGAGUCCGCCUUACGGACCGACCUAAGUACGCUCCCCGCUCCCAACUGCCGCUACCUCCCCGUCAACCCGUCCGGGAGACGCCGACCUCUCUGCUCACUCGCGGAGAAAAUCGCCUUUACCGCUCAGACAUUGAGAACUUUUUGAUCCGACGCCAGUCUCGAUCCUGCAGACGUUUUUAAAGACAUGGAAAACCACCACGAACCACAACAACUGACAAUCCCCGCGGAGCCUGCCCGGGAAGAAACCGACGGACUCGUCGACGUCGAGACGAUGGACAACGACGCCGAAGAGACGGUCCUGUCUCCCUCGGAGCCGUGCGGCUCUCCUCCCGAGGACGAGUCGGCGAGGGAGUCCGACAACGACGUCGUCCCGAGUCCGGCCGACUCCGCCACCGAGAACAACUCCGCCGAGGCCAACAACAUCGACGGCAAGUGCGUGAAGCCCACGUACCACCGCCGGCCAAAGCCGCCGUUCUCAUACAUCGCCCUCAUCGCCAUGGCCAUCCGCGACUCCCCGAACAACCGACUGACUCUGGCGGAAAUUAACGACUACCUGAUGAAGAAGUUCGAGUUCUUCCGCGGCCCCUACACCGGCUGGAGAAACUCCGUCAGACACAACCUCAGUCUCAACGAGUGCUUCACAAAGGUGCUUCGCGACCCCUCCCGUCCGUGGGGCAAGGACAACUACUGGACCAUCAACCCCAACUCUGAGUACACGUUCGCUGACGGGGUGUUCCGCCGCCGCAGAAAGAGGAUCAACCGCAAGGCCAACCGUAAGGUCGCCGCCACCCGACUGGCGGAGGAAAAGGCAGAGGCCGAGAAGCGCUCGCCGAAACUCAACAGCAGCUUUUCCAUCGACGCCAUCCUUAGCAAACCGGACUUUAAGUACACGGACUCCCCGAAAACCAUCACAGCGGGCCAGCAUCUUCACCCGGCGUGGCAGAGUUUGAUCCCGAAGAGAAAUGGUGUCUGCGAGCCGGUCAAGCCGAUCCCCUGCUCGGCGGCACCACACAUGGGCCUGGCGGCGCCGAACGCGAUCUACCCCGCGGGCGCGGCCGUCCUACCGCUCUACCGGUACCAGAUGGAGGCGCUCCGCGGCGCAGGUCUCCAACACGCCAGCUUCCUCGCCCACCACGUCCCGGUAACGCUCCCGAUGACCACGGCGAACCUCCACACGCCCUCGCCGCAACACAGGUACACUUUCAACGUUGCCACUUUGAACGCGUCCUAAACUCUACGGACUCAACCGAACUCACUGUAUAUUCGACGCUUGUCAGAAGUUUUAAUUUCUGACAAAAGAACUCAAUGUGUGUCUCUGACAAUUGUUCCUCUUGAAAUGAAGUCUAAUUUGGUAACAGAAUGUGAGGUGUAAAUAAUUUUGAUAGGUAUAGUGUCGACCAAGACCGGCGACCACGGUUCUAUUUAUCGAACGUGCUGUCCACCUCCUUAAUCACAAAGCCUGUAAUGUUGUUAGACCAAGCUGGAUUUGGUUUGAUUAUUUUUGGAUUAAGAAAUCGUGUAGACCAGAACUAUUUACAUUAAUUGCCGUGUACUUACCUAUGAUUUGACGUAAAUCAUUUUUAAAGGUAUACACAAUAAGCUCAGGCAGCUGUUUUAGUGUUUAUUGAAUGUAUGGUAGAAUUUAUUGUAUAUUUUGUCAUUAUCAUUGCGACCACAACACAACUCAGUGUUAGGAAUGUCCGGUUUUCUAGACCUGGUUUUUAAUCUGAGAGUACUCAACUCUCAAGUAGAUUGAAACUUAAGAUGAUAUGUUGAUGUGUAGAAGUGCUCUUUAGUAAAAUCUGUCUUUGUGGACUAUCAGGAUAUGAAUUAACAACAUACUCUAGUACUUUUUCGAUCGCGAUGUUGAAACAAUUGUUUCAGUCGUUCCCAGUCAAUCUCUCCUUUCCAUACUCCAACAUUUGGGACAGAAUGUCAUUAAUGCCAUGUAAUUACCAUGCUGUAUAGAAAUACAGUAUUCCUCUGUGUUAUUUUACUUGUACAACAGACACGGUACAGCCCUCUCUAGAGCGCGUUUCGCCGAAUGCGUUUACGCAGAAAUUUUAGACGGCCGGACAACUCAACAGUUUUGUCCUUUUCCACUGACAAAAGUGCUCAAUUUUGAAGUACUGGAAACGAAAUAUCAACCUUUUGUGACAGUAGGACCCACUUGUAUGGAGUAUUCUGUGAUUACAUGGCCCAGUAUAAUCGCUGCAGAAAAACUUGUUUUUCGUUUGAGGUAAUUCUAUCAUGGCGGACAUGUCUUGCCGUGUGCGUGAACAAGCUUUGGUGAAUAGGGUGACAGCAAGCGAAUCGCUCGGGCCCUUGGUGUAUUGUAGCCCGAAACUGCACCUGUGCCACGGGUGACGCUUGUGUUUUUUCUUGACAUCACUCUUCAUUCUCUAUAGUAUCAACUGAUUCAACUUCCAAAAACCUUCUCUGUUUUUUUUUCACAAAACGUUAGUGUUUUUGUUUUCGCUCUUGCCACCAGACUAAGGAAAAGCUGAAGAAUGACAGUAGCUUACUUCUCCGUACUGUCGCUUGCACCAUUUGACUUGUAAACAUCCUGAGCGUAGCUACAACCUAGAUCGAAUAUCCAGAGUUUUUGUCCCCCUAAAAUCAACCCGGUAUCGAAUAUCUCAGUUAGAUAAACCAUGUGUACUUCCAUUUUUCCUUACUGGUGAAAUAUUGAGAGAAGGCAAAUAUUGGGUGCGCCUGCAAUCUUUGUUACAGAGUUAGGCGUGUUUUAUGUACCUGUACUGUGCGUGUGAGUCAGCAGUAAAAUGGCGCAGUCAGAGGAAGUAGGGUUCGCUGCUUGUAACUGAAGGACAGAAAAUGUUUCGUCUGCGACGCACAUACGACGACAGUUUGGCUGACAUUUAUCACGAAAUUCUUGACAAGUUCUUUUGACUUCGGAGUGAAACGUGUUUCACCGACAGUACUUAGCUAAUAGCCUGUCUUAAGUCUAGCUUAAGCAUCAAACUUCUUAGUGGCUGCAAAAUCUGUUCCUUCAGAUAGUUUUUAGAAUUAAUUGACUACUUUAUGAGUACGUAAAGACGACGUUGGGACACAAUGAAUUUCACCUCUCAAAAUUGAACAUCGACGCUCAGGCCAGUCCUCUAGCUAUGUCGUUGGUUCUGUGUAAACUCUUAUCUAUAACAGACCCUGAUGCUGUGUUGUUCCAUAUCUAUAUUUGUGGCGUGCCUAACAUCUAUAUUGUAAACUAUAUGUAUUCCCUAGCUUGCCUGCGUGUUGAUGCUUAUUCCCAUCACUUUUUCCACAAAACUGCGACGUGUUGAGCAAUGUUUGAUUGUAAUAUAUUACCUUUGCAAUAUUGUAUUAUUUGUAUGUAGUCUACUGACUUAUGUUGUUUCCAAAACAUGUUAGACCUGCGUUUUAACGUUUCGCACUUAUCUGUUUCGCUAAAUCUGAUUGUUGAUCCGUUGAAAACUUGUUUUUGUUGUUCUUCUUGCCACGUACGGUUUUUGUAACGGCCCGCUGAUUCAUGUAGGCCCGGCCAGCCUAGCGGUCUGGCCACACACACAUACACACACACGUGGGCAGCUCAGACCCAAAAUAAACCAUCCAUACAAGUUCA